UUGCCCCGGGAAACUAUGGCAACCCGCGCGCGCCAAUCCGAAUCGACAACUGACUGAAAGAAGCUCGUUUAAAGAUGGCCAUUUAUGAAGUCUUUACGCAUCCCUCGCUAAUUCGGUACAGGACAAGCAUUUUCACAAAAGCGACGCUCUUUCUGCUGAUAGUUUUGGCGCUCACGUACAUCUCUCCACUUUUGGUUGCCUAUAGGAGUCACGGAUUUUGGUUAAAAGUAAACACCUAUGAAGAGCAGCCAAAUGUCCGAUUCCAGUACCAAGUUUUAAUGAUAACUGCAACCAGCACAAGUGGUGACUUUGUGGCAUGGAGUACAUAUGAAAAUUUUAAUAAUCUACAAGGGGACCAUCUUCGAGUUCCAUUAGUGACAGCAAUGGAGGAAGACAAAAAUCAUGAUGGGAAAAUGGAUCUUCUGAAUUUUCGUCUAGAGCUUCCACUUCAACCAUCUGAGCAUGUAUAUAGUGUGCAAUUUCUUCUGACUUUUUCAUAUCAGCUUUUUAGGAUGUCGACAUUCAUUAUGCAGAGUAUGGCAUAUGUCCACUUCUCAUCUCCCAUUUCUGGAUCUCAGCUUACUGUGAUUGGUGACCUAAAGUUACAUCAGCAAGAGCCGCUUAAACACAGAGGACUUGAUACACGCUACAAUAUUUCAGUGGUUAACGAUGACAGCCCAUUUGCAAGUUCCUAUGACCUGGCCGAUAUCACUGCAUCAUAUCAAGAAAGAAAUGUAACAACCGUUAUUGCCAAUCAAUAUACGGUUUGGACACCAAUCCGAGCUGCCAAUGCCCCAUUUAUUAUUAAGGCAGUCAUCAAAUAUCCCAUGGAAAUCAUCACUUAUCGACCUGGUUUCUGGGAAAUGAUAAAGACUGCUUGGAUCCAAUAUGUCAGCAUUCUUCUUAUCUUCUUGUGGGUCUUUGAAAAGAUCAAGAUAUUUGUCUUUGAAAAUCAUGUAUUAACUGCAACAAUGGUACAACCAUAUAAGCAGCACCUGUCUUAACCCAUUUUUAAAAAAAAGGACAGCUCCAAAUAUUACAAAGAAACAAUAGCAAUCAAUAAUCAACGUCUUGCAUCACCAUUUGAUUCUUAAGAUUGAUGUCCUGUUAUCUGUUGACUUAAGUGUCGACUUUACUUUGUUCUACCUGUAUGAACUAAAGGGUAAUUACAUCAAUAGGAAAGGUACUGCGUCAAUCAUCAAACAUGUUCCCUCAACAAACAUAUUGGUGAUAAUGUUCCGCAUGAGGCUUCAUCUUCCUUAUUUUAUAAACAUGUUCUUUUAUAAAGUAUUUCUCCAAUUUCUCUUUAUUGCAUCAAUGCUUGAAAUUUAUUUGUAUCCUACACGGAACGAGAAUGGUGAAGAACACUAACAAAUAAUUUGAUUUGCACUGUUGUGGUUCCAGUUAGUUCCCACAAUAAUGCUCCACAAUUAUGAUUUCCUCUUGGUGUCUAAAUGAAAUUGCACGCCAUUCUUGGGUUAUGGCAGAGUUCUGUACUUUGAACAGUUGAAAGAUCAGAAAUGUGGCCGGAAGCAGAGUUCCCUCAUGGCAGAAAAUUCUUGCAGAGGUGGGUUGUCCCAUAGGAAUAUAUAAUGUGGGGAAGCCUUUCUAAUCUUGUUUUGUAUUUCUUAAUAGAAAAGUUGACAUUUACAAAUUUAACCUGAGCUUAUCUCAAGCUAAUGAUAUUCUUUUGAAAGAUGUUAAUGCAGACGAGGCUUUAAUUGUUAUUGACUUAAAAAAAAAAAAACUGUUGCUGAUCCAGACAGUAUGUCUCAAGAAAAGAUUCACUAAUUAGAAUGUAUUCAUUCAUUCUGGAUUUGAUGUGGCAUUAUUCUAACAAGUGUCAAGAAUUGUCACCGGCAGCCCUACAACAGACAUCAAAUCCAUCCCGCUGGUUUCCCAAACGAUCCUUUGUAUGUAUUGGCUGGGCAUAAGCCUGGCGCUCAUUAACUGGGCACAAGCUGUAGUGGGCAUACUACUUAAAGUUAAGGCUGACACUCUUAGGAUAAUGUGCUGCCUUUCAAAUGUAAGGCCAAGCAUCAAAGAUUCCUUGGUGCUAUUUUGGGGAAAGAAGCGACCAACAUUAAUCUGUCAAUUAACAAAUCGAGAGAACCAGUGAUCACAUUGCUGCACAAACAUCUUGUGUACAAUACAAUACAAUACAAUACAAUACAAUACAAUAAUACUUUAUUAGCCAAGUAUGUUUUGCAACAUACGAGGAACUUUAUUUUCCAAGUCAGUCAUCCA